AUGACCCCUAUAAUCCAAUAUCUUCAAGAAGGGAUACUUCCUGAAAGCAAGGCAGAAGCAAGGAAGAUUCAAAACAAAGCCUUGCAUUAUGAGAUGAAUGGCAGUAUCUUAUACCGAAAAUCCUUCUUGGGACCACUACUGCGCUGCGUGGACCCUCAAGAUGCGAACUAUUUGAUAAGGGGAAUUCAUGAAGGAAUUUGUGGCAUCGACUCAGGACCACGCAUGGUUGUCGCGAAGAUCAUGAACGCAGGAUAUUACUGCCCAUGGAUGCACCUCGACGCCCUGAAAGAGCUGCGCACAUGCGACUCUUGUCAGCGACAUUCUCCAAAAACCCUGCGCCCAAAAACCGAUCUUAUCCCAGUAUUUACUACUUGGCCUUUUCAGCAGUGGGGAAUUGAUAUGGUGGGACCCUACCCAAACGCUCCUGGUGCUGUUAAGUUCAUAAUUGUGGCUGUCGAUUAUUUUACUAAAUGGGUGGAGGCCAAAGCUCUCGCCUCAACUACUACAAUGAUGGUGCGCGUGUUUAUCUGGGAACACAUCAUCCGCAGAUUUGGGCUCCCACUCAAAGUUGUCACUGACAACGGCACCAACUAUGCGUCAGAAGACAUCCAGAAGUGGAUGAAAGAGAUGAAAAUCGAACACACUUUCUCCUCCGUUGUGCACCCUCAAGGCAAUGGGCAGGUUGAAAGAAACAAAAGUAUUGUUGAGGGGAACAAAGCCCGACUGGGCACAAAAAUAAGAGGAUGGGUAAAUGAGCUCCCAAGUAUCCUAUGGGCUCAUCGAACCAUGCCAAUAACAAGUAUUGGCGAAACUCCCUUUAGCCUAGUCUAUGGCUCGGAGGCUGUUAUCCCAGCUGAAGUUGGACUCCCCUCACCGCACUUGACAGCAAUCAACACGGUUGAUAACAAAGCAGAGCGUCGUCUCGACUUUGAUCUUCUGGAAGAAAGACGCGAGAUUGCGCGAAUUAAAGAAGCCAAGUACAAGACGCAGCUGGAAAGGUACUAUAAUGCGAGGGUGCGCAUUUGUACUUUCACUCCCGGAGAAUAUGUCUUCAGAGACAAUGAAGCUUCAAACGCUGAACGCCCAAGAAAACUAGCACCCAAAUGGGAAGGCCCAUACUUGGUGCACGAGGUGCUAGGGAAAGGCGCAUACAAGUUACGCACUAUGGAUGGAUACAUCAUCCCACGCACAUGGAAUGCGCAACAAGUGCACAAAUGCUAUAUGUAA